GCCACUACUAAUCAUGCCAGAAGCGUAUUAAUAUCGUUGGUCUCUGCGCUCGACCUUUUGUAUCAACAUGGCUCCGAAGUACCCUAAAAUCGAAGGUUAUGAGCUCGUUCAACAAAUUGGUGGAGGUGGCUUCUCGAGCGUGUUCAGAGCCGUUAAUAUAGAGAGCCACCAGGUGGCAGCAUGCAAGCUGGUCCUCAUCAGGGAGCAGACCACUCAGGCGGAACGCAAGCUUAUCGACAAAGAGAUGAAAGUUCAUGCGCGCCUCAAGCACAAGCAUGUCCUGGAGUUUCUGCACGCUGCGGUGGUUGAACCCAAAUUUAAGCAGCACUAUGUUCCUGGAAUAUACAUGCUACUAGAGCUUGCCGCAGGAGGAGACCUCUUCGAUAAGAUCGCUCCAGACGUUGGACUUGGAGAGGAUGUGGCAAACUACUACUUCCUCCAGCUUCUGGAAGGGAUGGACUUUAUUCAUCGCGAAGGGGUUUGCCAUCGUGACCUGAAGCCGGAAAAUCUCUUGCUUGAUGUGGCUGGUACUCUCAAGAUAACAGACUUUGGUCUCGCAUCGGUCUAUAAGCUCAAGGAAACCGGCAAGACUAAGGCUAUUAGACGGAUUGUGCGGCAGCUUCCCGUUCACUACGGAACACCGUAUGAGGCAGAGCCCAUUGAUGCUUGGGGGAUCGGUGUCAUUCUUUUCACACUUCUCGCAGGAAAUUUCUGUAAAUAUAUCUCGGGUGAGAUAUUCAAUGAAGCCCCUUGGAAUCGUCUAGGAGAAAAAGCUCUGUCACUCAUCUGUGGUCUCUUAACCGUCGAGCCGGAGAAGCGUAUGACGCUCCCCGAAGUGUUCAAUGACCCGUGGUGCACAAGACCAAACCACUUGACCGAGUCUUUGAGGGCAAACGGUGACAUGAAUUAUGCGAUGCCGGACAUAACAAGCUCUGCUGGAACUCGCAAAGAUGCAGACGGAGACGAAAUCAUGCAUUCCGCAACUCAUCAGUCUCAGUUCACUCAGUCACUUCUGUUAUUCUCACAAACACAGUCAGGUCGCAGAUACACACCUAACCUCACACGCUUCUAUACUUCUCUUGGGCCAGGUAUUAUGAUGCAACUCAUAAAGGAAUCCUUGAGUGCCCUCGGCGUCAAACACAAAGACGGACCCACAGGCGAGGACGAAGGAGGGGAAGUCCUUCGGUUGCGUGUAGGCGGGUAUGAUAAACGCAGAAUCACGUUCAAAGGCUGGGUUGAACUCGAGAACUUCCGUUACGCAGAAACUGACGGAAGCUUCUGCUUGAUGACUCGGGAUGUCGGAAAUCCUAUUUCGUGGCGCCAGUUGUGGAAAGCACUGAUUCAAUCACCAGCCGUCGAUCCUCAUGUGCUCCGCAGGUGAUCGCAACUCACGUUUCAGGAAAACUGCAUUAGCGCUAUGACGCUCAAUACUAUACUAUGUUAGCCUAUAUGUUAUUCACAUGACCUUAUGCUCUUCAGAUACAUUCGCGAAUUUGUUGUUUAUUGCCUUGUACAUGAUCUGAUUGAACGCUUCCGUAUGCAGACACCUGUUGCACC